AUGGUGAUUUCGAAUUUAUUAAUGAAACAUUGUAACCAGACAAUUAUUAACAAGAACUCAAAAGUAAAUCUCCAUGAAAAGAACAGUCGAAUGAAAACUUCGUCAGCAAAUGUUAUGUCAUUAAGGACAAAUGGAAAUGCAGAUUACUCUCAAGAGAAAAUCCGUGGCGGUGCAUUAACUGAGUGCUCACAUCCGAUAAAUGUUUUGAAAAUCUUGAACAGCUUUAAUAAACAGGUUUAG